AUGGUUCAUUUGCUAAUUAUUCUCAGUGUCAUCGCGACCUCGCUGGCCUGCGCUCCGAAUUCUGGGACAGCUGGUGCUGGAGGAGGGACAACUGGUAAUGCAGCCGGAGCCGGUGCCACCAAUACUGGAGGAGCGGGAAAUGGUGGUGCAGGAGCCGGUGCCACUAAUACUGGAGGAACCACUAAUACUGGAGGAGCGGGAAAUGGUGGUGCAGGAGCCGGUGCCGCUAAUACUGGAGGAACCACUAAUACUGGAGGAGCGGCAAAUGGUGGUGCAGGAGCCGGUACCAAUGGGCGAAAACGUGAAGUCGAUGUCAAUUCUCAUUGA